AUGUCGGUCGCCGUGCAGACUCUCGUUCAGCCUGAUAUCCAGUAUCACCCUGACUUCGAAAAGUAUACGGCGCGGAAGGCGCGCAGACAGGCUACCGAGGAGCUUUCUAAGACCCUACCUGAUGGAUUUCCGCAGAAAUUAGAGUCGCCCUUGGUUUGGGAGGGAAAGGAUGUCGAGAAGCGGGAUGAUUGGAUCUACCGGUUGAAUGAUGCGCAGAGGGAGGAGAUUGAUGCUGCGCUGAAGAGCUUUCAGGCCCAGAAUUUGACCCUGGGAAAUAUCAACCAGGACACAUUCCCGUUGCCCACACUUCGUCCAACUUUGCGAUCGCUCUCGAACGAAAUCCAUAAGGGACGAGGAUUCUUCGUUCUCCGUGGACUCGAUAUCGAUCGUUACACUCGGGAAGAAAAUAUCAUCAUCUAUGCAGGUGUAUCAUCGCACAUCGGGAAUAUUCGCGGGCGCCAGGAAGACAGGCGGUUUACGCCAGAGGGUGGCUCCGUCGUCUUGUCGCAUAUCAAGGAUUUGACACGUACGAGUGAAGCGAAUGCGAUUGGCGCCCCGUCCAACACAGCGGAUAAACAAGUGUUCCACACGGAUUCCGGCGAUAUCAUUUCCCUCCUUUGUCUCCACCCCGCAGCCGAAGGAGGUGAAAGCCAGAUCUCCAGCAGUUGGUUGGUAUAUAACAUUCUGGCUAAAGAGAGGCCGGAUUUGAUCCGUACGUUGUCGGAGCCAUGGCCGGUCGAUGGAUUCAAUGACCCCGAAAAGCCCUAUACCACUCGUCCCCUUCUCUACCACCAAAAGGCAACCGAUACCACCCCCGAACGUGUUCUGAUCCAAUACGCUCGUCGUUAUUUCACCGGAUUCCUCGCUCAGCCGCGGUCGACCAACAUUCCCCCGAUUUCUGAGGCUCAGGCCGAGGCACUUGACGCGCUUCACUUCCUAGCCGAGGAACACAGCGCCGCAUUGGAUUUCCAAAAGGGUGACGUCCAGUAUAUUAACAACCUGAGUAUUUUCCAUGCGCGGAAGGGAUUUCGGGAUGAGCUUGACAAAGAACGCCAUCUUUUGCGACUGUGGCUGCGGGAUCCCGAAAAUGCGUGGGCGACACCGGAGCCUUUGCGUGAACGCUGGGAGAACGUAUAUGGGAACGUCAAGGUGGAGGAACAGAUUUUCCCUCUGCAGCCCAAAUUGCGAAAGACCGUGGGUAGUGGCGUGGUAUACAACUUGAGUAUCACCAUCUUUUGUAUAGGGUUUGCCUUGGCACCCAUGGUUUUGGCUCCGUUUUCGGAGCUCAAUGGGAGACGGCCAAUUUUCGUUGUCAGUGGUAUUGUAUUCACCGCAUGUAUCAUCGCUUGUGGUGGAACACAUCUGUUUGCUGGACUUCUAGUAGCGAGAUUCUUCCAAGGUGUUGGCGCGUCGACAUUUUCAACCAUGGUGGGAGGUGUCAUCAGUGAUAUUUACCAUGCGGAAGAUCGCAACACUCCCAUGGCUCUCUUCUCGGGAGCUGCACUAUUUGGUACUGGUCUCGCGCCACUCCUGUCGAGCGUGAUCGUCUAUCACACCACAUGGCGCUGGAUCUACUACUCGCAUGCGAUCGUGUCGGCCGUGCUCGUUGUGAUAAUCUACUUUUUCUUCAAAGAAACCCGUGGCAGCGUCAUUCUGAGUCGCAAGGCACACGCACUGAACAAAUACUAUGAAGCACUUGAAGAUGCAGGCCAUUUCGGCGUAAUUAUGGCAGACGAGUCUGGAGAGAAGCAGCGCACGAAGCGGAUCCGCUGGAAGGUCAAAAGCGAUGAGCAACGGGCCUCCCUCGGGCAAAUGAUCAGCAUCUCCCUCUAUCGGCCUUUUCAUAUGCUUUUCACCGAACCGGUGGUUUUCUUCUUCUCCCUUUGGGCAGCCUUCAGCUGGGCCGUUCUGUAUCUCCAAUUCGGCUCCGUCCCGUUGAUUUUCCAGACGAACCAUGGUUUCAACGUUGAGCAAUCGGGAGCUGUUUUCACAUCGAUGUGUGUCGCUGUCAUCAUCGCUACCCUCAUCAGCAUCUACCAGGAAAGAGUCGUGAGCCGAUUCGUGAAGCUUCCCAACACCCCAGAGAAACGUCUCUACUUCGCCUGUGUCCAGGCAGUGCUCAUGCCCGCCGGCCUGUUCUGGUUCGGAUGGUCCUCAUACCCGUCUGUGCAUUGGAUCGCUCCGGCUAUGGCUGUCGGCUGUGCUACCAUGGGCAUUUUGUCGAUUUAUUUGGCGGUCUUUAACUAUCUGGCUGAUACGUAUCAUCGUUUUGCCAGCUCAGCGAUUGCCGCGCAGUCUUGUUGCCGGAAUCUAUUGGGUGGUGUUUUCCCCCUUGUGACCCAUGCUUUGUUCACAAACCUGGGAUACCCUGCUGCUUCUAGCUUGCUGGGUGGAAUUGGAGCCGCCCUGACACUUGUACCAUGGGUCUUGUCCUUCUACGGGGCCAGGAUUAGAGCCAAGAGCAAGCUUGCUAGCGAACUUGCGCAUUGA